AUGGCGAGCUCGUCGAGGGCGGUUCGCGACCCCGGCAUUCUAACCCCGGAGUACAUGGCUUCGCUCGCGAGUCUGUGCAGGGUGAACUGCCCAACGGUAAACGAAAUCACCGCGAUUUUCACCAUCGAGUUUCGCCGCGCCCUGAGGGGAGGGCUGCCGAGGACGUCUGCUGGGCCUGUAGGUGUCAGUCUCCAAGUUCCAUCGACGUCCAGGGGACAUCCGUCGGCAACCAGGGGUGGCGUCAGAUUCCGUCGUUACCCCCCAGAGUUGGUCACGGGCCGUCGCGGGGACGGCGACACCAGUGGCGGCACCAGACGGCGACACGAAAGCGACCCCGAUCAGCGCUACGAUCGUUCGUGCACAUGGGAGCCCGGGAAACCGUGCUGGCUUUCGACUGAACUAGCACGAUGGAAUCGAGUGCUUGCCAGGGGCUGCUUCGAGCUGUGGGAACACGUGUGGACCGAGUUGACCAUAUCUGGGUUCCCAUGGCCCGAGUUUGAUGAGCCCGGUGUCUCGGAUUUGCUUCGUGUUUCACUACUGAUACACUUUCUGCUGCGCCAGCACAGAUGCGUGAAGCGCGUCAUUAUCAACUUCGACGUAAGCUCGCUGCAAGAUGUCAUGUUCUGGGACGCCAUAAGGAACGGAACGGCUGCCCUCACCUACUUGGAAUUCCAGCUCACGAAAGCUUGCCAAGUGGGCCAAGUUCCGAGGGCUGACUGCAUUCGCUGGGCUGACUCCAUUUCCAACCUCAGAUCCCUUGAGUCCUUGAGCAUUUCGCGUGUUUACUUCGAAGGCGAAAGCGCUGAGCUCUUGGCCAACUUCCUGCAGGAAACCACUACGCUCACCGCUCUCUCUAUGGAUGAUGUGGAGCCUGUUGGCGACAUUCCCGGGAGAUUCCUGGAAGCUCUCGUCCUGAACAGGACGCUAAAGAACUUACGCCUGUGCGACACGCUUUUGAUGGCUCGAAACGGCGAGGCCCUCGCGAAGUUCGUCCGCAACCACUCCGUCAUCGAAAGCAUUGAGGUGACUGGGGUGGAACACUUUUCCCCGUCAGCCCUCCUGAAAGCGGCAGUGCAGAGCCCGAGUCUGAGGCGUCUACACAUCAACUCAUGUACCAUCAAAGCCAUUGAUAUCGAGCAGAUGGCCGACGACCUGACUCGGCCGCCGGCGGCUCCAGCAUCUUGUGAAAACUUGAUGUCAAGGCCAGGUUCACCGUCGAGACGCCUUGAGGAGCUUGGAUUCUACCGAUGCUUCGGUUGCGACCCAAUAGUGGAAGAAGCCUAUGCAUCCCUCAUAGGAGGCAAGCGUUCUUUCUAA